AAAUGUUUCUGCGGCGUCUGCAAGCCAUUUCUGCCCAUCCAUAUCCCUCCUCUUCCUCCUUACCACCACCGCCCACCACCCCCUCAUACGCAUUGCUGAAAUGCAGCGCGCCUUCUCCUCCGCCCCACGGGCACUGGCCCGCUCAUCACGUGUCUCCUCCCAAUCAUUAGUGCAGCAGAGAUUUGCGCAUAAGGAGCUCAAGUUUGGCGUCGAGGGCAGAGCAGCGCUAUUGAACGGUGUCGAGACGCUUGCAAAGGCUGUCGCAACCACACUUGGGCCGAAAGGCAGGAAUGUCCUGAUAGAGUCGAGUUAUGGCUCGCCGAAAAUUACAAAAGACGGCGUGACUGUCGCAAAGGCGAUCACACUAAAAGACAAGUUCGAGAACCUUGGCGCCCGCCUCCUGCAGGAUGUCGCCAGCAAGACCAAUGAGGUGGCCGGUGACGGCACCACCACCGCAACCGUCCUCGCCCGCGCCAUCUUCUCCGAGACCGUCAAGAACGUCGCUGCCGGCUGCAACCCGAUGGAUCUGCGGAGAGGCACGCAGGCGGCAGUGGAGGCCGUGGUGGAGUACCUGCAGAAGAACAAGCGCGACAUCACCACCUCGGAGGAGAUCAGCCAGGUAGCCACCAUCUCCGCCAACGGCGACACUCACAUCGGCAAGCUCCUGUCGCAAGCAAUGGAGAAGGUCGGCAAGGAGGGCGUCAUCACCGUCAAGGAGGGCAAGACGAUUGAGGAUGAGCUGGAGGUGACGGAGGGCAUGAAGUUCGACCGCGGCUUCAUCUCGCCUUACUUCAUUACGGAUACCAAAUCGCAGAAGGUCGAGUUUGAGAAGCCGCUCAUCCUUCUGUCGGAGAAGAAGAUCUCGGCGGUGCAGGAUAUUGUGCCAGCGUUGGAGGCAUCCCAGCAGCUACGGAGACCCCUCGUCAUCAUCGCCGAGGACAUCGAUGGCGAAGCGCUUGCCGUCUGCAUCCUCAACAAGCUGCGCGGUCAACUCCAGGUUGCAGCCGUGAAAGCACCAGGUUUCGGCGACAACCGCAAGAGCAUCCUAGGCGACAUCGCGGUCCUAACCAACGGCACCGUCUUCACUGACGAGCUCGACAUCAAACUCGAAAAGGCCACCCCCGACAUGCUCGGCUCGACAGGUAGCAUCACCAUCACCAAAGAAGAUACCGUCAUCCUCAACGGCGAAGGCACCAAAGACGCCGUCACGCAACGCUGCGAGCAGAUCCGCGGCGUCAUGGCUGACCCGACGACAAGCGACUACGAGAAGGAGAAGCUCCAGGAACGACUGGCCAAGCUCUCCGGAGGUGUAGCCGUCAUCAAAGUCGGCGGUUCUUCCGAGGUUGAAGUCAGCGAGAAGAAGGACCGUAUGGUCGACGCUCUUAACGCCACUCGCGCGGCGGUGGAAGAAGGUAUCUUGCCAGGUGGCGGCACGGCCCUGCUCAAAGCCGCCGCUAACGCUCUCGCCCACGUGAAACCUUCCAACUUCGACCAACAACUCGGCGUCUCCAUCGUCAAAUCCGCCAUCACGCGCCCGGCGCGAACGAUUGUCGAGAACGCCGGUACGGAGGGUAGCGUAGUUGUGGGAAAGCUGAUGGACGAAUUCGGCGGCGACUUCAACAAGGGCUUCGACAGCAGUAAAGGCGAGUACGUCGAUAUGAUUCAAGCCGGUAUCCUUGACCCCUUUAAGGUCGUCCGGACGGGUCUGAUGGAUGCAUCGGGUGUGGCGUCGCUACUUGGCACGACUGAGGUUGCCAUCGUGGAGGCGCCGGAAGAGAAGGGCCCGCCGAUGGGUGGGAUGGGCGGUGGGGGCAUGGGUGGGAUGGGAGGCAUGGGCGGGGGCAUGUUCUAAGCCUGCCUUGCUGACCUGGCGUGCUUGUUUGCAUGCUGCUGGCUCCUUGAUACCCAUCCU